CUUCCGUUUGGGUUCCUAAAGUAUCAGGAAUGAUACGAUCUCCGCAGUGACAAUUCAUGCACCUGGGGUUCAACCGUACGCCGGCCGACUUCUUACAUCUUCCCUCUCAUGCAUGCCAUGGAAACCAUCAACUGAAGACAAACCCUCGAUUUGCACUCAUGGCAUCUUAAUACGCCGUGGCAGUGGUGGAUGUUACUGCCUGGCCGACAGAUCGCAACCAACCAAGACGGCGACUGACUUGAUUGUUACCAUUCACUAACCUCGACUACUUUCUCACCGGCAACCAUACAAUCUUCGCAAAGCGAAGGUCUCCUUCCUGCAGUCCCUCCCGUUUGCCGGCCGUUCUUAGACAAUUCUCAAUACUAUCACGAUGGAACCUCGAGCGCGGGCAGGCCGACACAAGGGCAGCCUCAACUUUGGGCCCGAACUAUCGUCCCUCCUGUAUGCCUACGGAGCACCCACACACCCGGACAUAGUGAAACCGAUCGGCGAGUCGUCGAGCAAAUACCUGUCCUCACUGCCAACACCCAACACCACGAACGCGCCCACGCCGUUCCACGAACCAUUCCCCGAGACAUUGCGGGUGCUCGACGAGAUCCUGACGGAUUUCAUCAUAGAGACGUGUCAUAACGCAGUCAGCGUUGCCACGUACAGCGGCCGCACCAAGCUCAAGCUGUCGGACUUUGAAUUCGUCCUACGCCGUGACCCCGUCAAACUUGGCCGAGUGCAGGAGAUGUUCAAGAAGAAACGCGACAUCGACAACAAGAAGAAGCUCUUCGACACCAACGAAGGCCGCGAGGGCACCAAACUCGCCGUCGGCGAUCUGGUCAAUCUCGGCGAAGUCGUCGGCGAAGAAGGAACAGGCAAGGGCAAGGGCAGGGGUAGAGGCAGGAGAAAGAAGAGAGAUCGAGAAGAUGGGGCUGAGGGUCAGUCCAAAGAAGAUGGCGUUGAUGCCGACGGUUUCGACCAGAGGGCUACCAAGAAACCCAGAAGUGAAGUCGACUGAAACAGGAUUGCCAAACAAAGACAAUCACCAGCUUUCCACUCGAAAAUUGACGAACCGGUUGCCACCAGUAUGAUUACCAUCUCGUCAUCUCAUCCUCACAGCGAGGGGAUGGGCAAACCGCAACCCAUGUCGGCCCGUGCAAGUGAUUGCGGAAGCCUGUGUCUGCCUCGACUUCCAACAACGCGCUUCCGGACAUACGCCGCGAAGGAGCGUGAGGCAAUCUGUCACUCUUGAAGCUUCCUACGAAAUUAGAAACAUUGACGCGUCUUGGACUGCAAAGAAUGUUGUGGGAUGGCGGAUACGUGCCUAUGUCUUCCGGCAUCAUCGUUUUCGGGUUAUUUACCUAUGCCGUGGCGCAAGCCAUGCUAACUCCUGGCGGUGCAGAUGAAACUGUGCUCUAUUCCAUCAAAAGACAUCGGUCCCCCAAUCAACUCCCAUUUCUCAGCUGCGUACGCGCUGCUUGAGCGCGAAGGCCAUGCAUACUCCAGCAUACCUCAUUGGCGGUUCUAAACACGCCGGACUUUUUGCCUUUUUGCCUGAAGCCGCCAACGGUCACUCCCCGCGAGGCAGAAGCUGACUUCGCGCUGCUGCUCUAGACAUGGCGACUGAGCAUAAAUAGAAAAUCGUAUUUUCCCUCAAUCAUCAAGCAUCUUAUAACGAAACGCUCUCUCCACGGUUUUGUCUAUUCUGUCCACCUUGUCUGUUCUGUCUGCGUCCGUCCUUCUCGUUGGAAGCGGCUCCCGAGCCUUCACCGCCCAUAGUCAACUGUGCUGUUGCUAAUCUGUUCGAGAGAUCCAUUUGUGUGCGGAUCAUGUUGGCGAGGUAGGAGACGGUUAGCACGUCUUGGAUGUGGUUGUUGAAGUCCUUCUCAAUGUCUGCCGGGUCAACCUUGGGCGCCAGUGCAAGUGUGUUGAGUAGGAACUGUCCCAGGGCGGUCGACGGCUCCGUUUCCUCCUCAAUGACAUUCUCAACAUACUUGGAGACGCGAUCCAACAUGCCCAGAGUGUCUUCCAACGACCGUUCCAGGUUCUCGAUUUCCGUAAGCACCGUUGCGGUUCGGCUCUCAUCCACUCCGGCAUUCUCGAGGGCUUCCAGACCGGCGCGAUCGGCCUCGCUGUAGUUGAUGGUGUAGGGGACGGGCACGAAGGCAGCAGAAUCCGCGGCCCGUUCAGGGCUGACACCGACAGACGACGAGAUGUACGUCCUGACCUCGACAUCUUUCCCUGGCUCACACGCAACAGUGACAUGCAUCGCCGGAUAUGGGUACGUGCCUUCGCCUUGGCUGCUGUAGUGGUUCUGGAUCAAGGCUGAGAAUGUGUUCAAUUCCGAGCUGGUUGCGUACCAGCCCACCAAAACCUCCUUAGGGUUGGCCCGUAGAUGUAACGCCAGCAUUGUCUUUUGGUACUCCAUGUCCACCUCAACCUGGUCGGUGGUUUCAGUAUGGCUGACUGCGAACGAUGAAUGGACGACUAC